AUGCCCGGGGGAAGGCUUUGGAGGACAUUGAUGCCCGCCGUAUCUCUCUUGCUUGAAAAGCUUUUAAAUGCAUCUUGCGGAGGAGAGGGGUGUUGUAAUAUUAAGGAUUUCCGUGUUGAACAUCUUAAAAGUCUUCAAGAGAAAUUUGAAAAAUAUGAUGAAAUUGCAACAAAAAUUAAUAGCCUUAAAAAGCAAAAAGAUGAUAAAAGUAAGGCGUCCGGAGGGACGCCGUCCGACGGUCAGUCUGAGAUUCAGAAGCUUGAUGAGCAAAUUAGGCAAAAUGAAGAGAAUCUUUUAAAGCAAAAAAAGCUUCUUGAAGAGCAAAUUACAAAGCUUAAUGAUGCUUUAAGUGAGCCAAAAGACAAAAUUUUGUCUGAGAUUUCCACGCUUCAAAAGAGUGUUGCUGAGCUUGAAAAGCAAAUUGAAGCAGAGCGUCAAAAGCAAAUUGAAGACCUUCAAAAUAAGGGAUAUAAGGAGGAAGAAGCAAAAAAAUAUGUCUCCAUUCCCUCCCAUCUUUCUAGUCAGCUUGAAACUGAGCAGGCUAAAUUGAAGUCUCAUAAGGCUUCGUUGGAGUCUCUUCAAAGUCUUGAUAAGCUUAUUACAUUUCAUCAGAGUGUUGACAGCGAUAAAAAUGGAAAAUGUAAAAACCUUUUAACAAAUUUGUGCUCCGGCUUGGAGAAGUUCCUUGGUUACCAAGAAACUUCCAAAGGCUACGACGGCUCCGGCAUCGUGUACUCCGACCUCGACAGGCUGUGCGACGGGGUGAUGUCUUUCCUUCGUGGUGUUCUUGAGAGUGUGAAGGAUGAUGAGAGUGUAAAGAAAUAUGAUGGUUAUAUUCAAGUAGAUAAAUUGUCUACUGUACUUAACACACUUACUAAAAAUAUUGGCUCCGGGCGUGUUGGCCUUUCGCAGUCUGUCGGCGAGGUGAUGAGGUGGUUGGGGGAGUAUAAUAAGAGAGUGGAGGAGAAGACUGGAGCAGUGACUGGAGGAUUAUCUGCACUUAUAGGUAAGUUGAGUAGUGUAAAUUCAUCUGGUGCAGGUGAAAAUGAUAAUGAGUAUUACAAGAAUGUCAAGGAUCAAGAGGAGCACAAACUUCAAGAGCAAUUGGAGCACUGGAAGUCCACAUUAGUAAGCCUCAAAAAUGUGGUUGACGGCAUUAGAAACACGCAAAUUAAAGCUUUAGACAACACAUUACAAUCACAAAUAACUCACAAAAUAGAACCGAUAACUAGCGUCAUCGAGCACUUGCAGAACUCAGCUGGCGAUGAGGUUAGGGCUGCGUGCCAGGCUGUGGAUGAUAGGCUCACGGAGCAGCAGAAGAAAGUUACAGACCAGAUCACAGGAUAUUGUGAAGGCUUAUUAGAGCUUUUAUAUGAGCGGUUUGCAAAUGUAUUCGAGAAAAUUAAUGACCUGCAAGGCGCACGAUCUGAGCAAUUUGCGCGCAUAAAAGACCUUGUCGACUACCUUAAUGAUGCGGUUGGUCAUGUUGUUAAGAAUUAUGACAAGACUUAUAAUCAUAGGAUUUCGGAACAUUUUGAAGCUAUCAGAACGUUGUUGCAGACUGUUGACCCGUCUAAGAAAAAUCCUGGUAGCCAGCAUUCGCAGCUUCAUGACGAUGUUGAGCAAAUUAAGAGCAACCUUAUAGCUGUUGGAAACGAGUUGCAGAAGUAUGUUGGGAAUUUGCAAGUAAAAAUUCAGAGUGCGGAAGCGUUGCGUGGUGAAGCUGCUGCUCAGGCUUUGAAGGCGUUGGAAAUGGUUCAAGACCAGCCAGAUGAAAAGCACACCCAGCAUCCGACGGAAAUUAAGAAAGCAGCAAAACUUUUGAAGUCAAAAACAGAGUGGCUUAAGAACACCUAUGACACCGCUAGGCAAGCGGUUGGAGCUGCAACUAAUGACGCGCUGAGAACACUUAAAACCUUGGAUGGUCUGGUGAGAGAGGAUUUAAGUGCCUUGAAGCAACAGAUCAACUCCGCGAUACGUUCCUAUAUUGUAAGUAUAGUUAACAACGUGUUUGAGGCCGCUAAGAAAGCUAGCACUGCCAAUAUGUACAUCGGGACUACUAUUAAGACCCCUGGAUUGGAGCAUUUGCAAAAUACUGGCGAAUUGGUAGGUGAAUUGGGAAAAAAGGUAAAAGCGAUUACCGAUAUCGGCACCCGGCAAGCGUUAGAAGGUGCUUUACAUGCCCUCAGGCAAUUUGGUAAAUUGGAUCAAACUGGCGCCAAAUUCGCGUCCCAUGAUACAUAUAUACCUCUGUGCAAGGAUAUUAUCGGCAAAGUUGGAGCGCCAUUCAAAGAGGCUCACAGACGGUAUGGUAAUGUUGAAGAUCUUAUGACGCAUUAUAAAGGAGAGCCUGGCACCGGAGAUAGUGGCAGUGGCCAACUGAAGCUUCAACGGCAGAUGGAGGAGAUCUUUAAGAAGAUUGAAGAUAUUACUGACCCUCAACGCUACCGCAGGACGGGAAUGAUGACAGGUGUCACCGAUUUGGGCAAUGAAAUUGAACGUCUACAUAAAGACAUUACUCGGGCCGUGGAUGACUUCACCGGCGCACUCGAACCCCUGCUGUCAAAUCCUGGUGCCGGAGAUGUAGACACUAAUAAAGGUGUUCUCGACAAGUUGCAGGAGCUGAAGAAGAAAAUUGGAAGUGCAGAUCCGAUAGGUACUGAGAGUAUUGGAGGUCUUCACAAAAACAUUGAAGAUCUUAAAACCAGAGAGUUCACUGACGAGUCAACCAAGAGCCUAACCGAAAUGACCAGCACAAUUCAACAGGCCAUCAAAACCGUUACACUCAAAGUUGAGACACUGCAAGCUGUGCCGGGUGAGGUGGAGAAAAAGAAGAAGGAUGUAGAAAAACUCAUGGCUGAAUUGAAACACAACUUUCAACAAAUUAAAAGAGAAAUUGACAUCAUUCACAGCAUUCUAACGGAUGCUGAUAAUGUUCUGGAAAGGUCCAUACAAUCGGUAAGUGAUGUUGUCUUCUCAGCACAGGACAUGAUGACCAGAACCAUUGACAAAUCCAAAAGAGAACUCAUAAAACACGUCGAAGAUGCCUUCGAAGAGAUCACCGUCCAAGUCAGACUUCUCUUCUCCCACUCCAGAACAGCCGACCUAACCGCCCUAAGAUCCCUAGUCGACGCACAAAAAACAGCCAUCGAAGGCAUAAUCACAAAAGACUUGGCGAACGGCGUCAAAGGCCUAUUGGACAAAAUACGUACAACGCAUCAAAUUCUCGGACCAAUUAAGGACCAAAAGGAUUUAAAUCUCGGUACUCCAAUAUUCAAGCAAUUCUACGAAGGACUCUGGUCUUACAUCAUUGGUCAACUUACCAACCAUCCAUCCAAGGACAACGCUUCAAAGGUUAACACAGCGUUAACUGAAUUACUCCAGAAAAUGAUAAAAGAAAACCAUUUCAGCCAUGAAGUCUCCGAUUUGAUCAAAAAAGUGGCCGACGUUGCCGAGAAAUUCUCCCCCGCCAAUUUCACAGACUCCUCCAGUCCCAUCCUGCAAGCGCUCAAGGACGGAAUCGACGCCCUGGCCAAGCAACUCGGCUACGCAUAUGCGAGCACGUACUGUUGUAAGAAGUUUGACGGUGCGUUGCUUGAUCCUGAGAUUUUGGAUCUCACUACGCCAGACGACAAACGCAAAUUGACGGACUACGGCAAGAAGCUGUCUAAGGUUUUCAUGACCUGUCUCCCUGGUUGGGUGACACACAUGUACAAUCUGCAGAGAAACUGCAGCGGUGAGUGGAGUAAAUUGGAAAUUAAUACGCCCACAGAAAAGAAUAAGAUGGCCCUCUGGUUCCACUCCCGCGGCUACAAUGUGUCCGAUAAUGACAAAAUUCAGAAUGGUCACUUGAGGAGGGACAUGAAGGGUGGACAAAUUAAUAGUGAUCUUCUCAACAAGCCACUUACCAACGCUGCGCAAAUGAACAUCAAAAUUAAAGGCUUGAAAAACACCGGUAUCAAUGUCCUCCACAUUCUUUCACUGCUUUACCCUAUACUCGAAAGGUACAACCGUGUCUGCCACUACAACAUCCCUCCAAAGCCCAGAGCCCCGUCCAACAUUUAUCUCAUGCUCCAAUGGACUGCCGGGCUUAAGUACAACCACAUGUACAGUGAAGUCAAGAGCCAGCUUGGCAAUGUGCUUAAGGGCCUACAAAAGGAGCAUAAGUUAGACACUGAAGCAUUACCAGUCGCCGUGCAAACCGAUAUGCAUAACUUAAUUACGUCACCUAUAGACUCUGCCCAAUUAACUAAAGCACUUGAUAACGUCUGCAUAUACUCCGAAAAAACAUUAGUCGCCGUGCUCGGCCACGGCCACGCAGACGGUGUGUAUGCCUCUGAUCACCUCACUAACUCAAGUAAUUUAUUGUAUCCUGGUAGCGGUGGUGCGUGCUUAGACAUGCUAGUAGAUGUGUUAUUUAGACUGUAUCAGCAACUGUGGUUCCUACGUAAGCAGUGCCUCGGUGGCAAAAGUCACAGCGGGUGGAGUGAUUGCUCGUACGGCAGGUACGUGUCUGGCUCCAGUUGGCUGUGCAACACAGAACAGUGUGCCAACCAAGAGUGUAACCUGAGACCUAACCAAGGUGCUACCCAAAAGGGUAACCAAAAUGGCAACCUAGGUGCUGACCAAAGCGCUGACCAACGCUGUGACCAACACCCCGAUUGUGGUAUGAAAUCCCCUUUGCAGUCUUUCUUAGAGGACGGAUUGCAAGGGUUCUUGCCACAUUCAUUUAGCAGUCCCGGCUGCAAGUUAACGUGUACGGUAUCCAAUCAUAGAGGACUUCCCUGCAAGACGCCAAUGGGCUUUGCCGAUAUCGGUGUCGUUGCUUCGCAUACUAAAACAGGUGCAUAUCUUGAGCGUGUGCUUUUUGAUUUUUGUGGUCCGUAUUCUGCCCUCACUAGGUUGUGUAACAUGCUGAACUGCGUACUCCGCCGAGCACCUCAGACGCUUGAUGAUAUUUUCGGUUUCCUCCGUGGCUAUCUGGCAAACUGGAUUGACCAUGGUAGAGAGCAUAAAUGUUUAGCCUUUAGUAAGGCCAUUAAGGAUGCUUAUUUCGGCCAGGAAUAUUCGGACUUGACUCCGACUAUUUUGUUCACCACCCGUGUACAUCAAUCGGGGAACAAGUCAAACCAUUCCGAAGGUGAUCUGUUCACCAUAUCCGAAUGCGAAGAUAGAGCAGUAGAUACAUGUGGUGUCUAUUUGGAGUCACUCUCAUCCAGCACAUAUAGCAUUUUCUCGUCGUACAAUAAAAAACAAUACCUGUCAUGGUUCCUGUACUCGGCUGAGACCUUCUAUAGUUUGCUGGACAAAUUAUAUAAGCAGUGCUGUGGUACGUGCACGUCUCCGGGAGCCAAAUGUCAUGGCACGAGAUGUGACAAGGAUUGCGACGUGAAAAAGGCAUAUGAAGCUCAAAACUCUGAAGAUGCAGAAGCAGCGAGCAAGUCACUUGACGGCAAAAAUCACACUGAAAAUUGCACGUCCAUAGUCAAAUGCCAAAACACACUUCCCACGCUAUAUAUGUACGGCUUCAGUUUUGGGAAACCAUUGGGAUUAUGCGGCACAGGUGACGCAUUGGAAGCUAGAAGAACGUGCAAGGAUUUCUGCAGUGCGUUGAAGAAGAUCCUAGAGGAGGAAUCCGCACUUAUUCAACUAAUCAAGCAAAUCGAUGAAUUCAUUUGGAAGAUAAGAGAGAAUUUCUCUUACACCCUCCUCGCCCUCUGGUCGCUCUCGCUCCUGUACCUGCUGCACAUCGCCGUCGUCCGCCUCGACGUCCUGAGGAUCCGGUCCCACCUAAAAUCACCCUCAAGCCACCGCAUCGCCGCGCAGUCCCUCCUCGCCGCCGCACGCGUCAGGGCACUCGCCAACGUCAAGUACUUCUCGCCAUAA